UCCAGUACGCACCCAGUCUUCCGGUGUUUUUGACGGCACAGAGGACUACCUACUUUCGGUUUCUCCCCUGGAUUCUGAUUCGUUCUUGGUUCCUCGCGGCCCAGAAGUUUUAUUUGUCUCUUUGCGUCACUCUCCAAAAUGGCGUCGCUGACCUGCUUUCUUAACUCGGGACGGCGUGCGGUCGUCGGGGCACUGCGAAGACGGAUUCACAGCACGCCAUCCGCGCCUGCACAGGUGACCGUGAGAGAUGCGCUGAACCAGGCCAUGGACGAGGAGCUGGAGCGGGAUGAGACUGUCUUCCUGCUGGGAGAGGAAGUGGCUCUGUACGACGGUGCCUACAAGGUUAGCAGAGGACUCUGGAAGAAAUAUGGUGAUAAGCGAAUUAUUGACACUCCGAUUACAGAGAUGGGAUUUGCAGGUAUUGCUGUUGGGGCUGCUAUGGCUGGGCUGAGGCCCAUCUGUGAGUUCAUGACCUUCAACUUCUCCAUGCAAGCCAUCGACCAGGUCAUCAACUCCGCCGCCAAGACCUACUACAUGUCCGCGGGUCUGCAGCCUGUGCCCGUGGUGUUCCGCGGGCCCAACGGCUCCUCGGCGGGCGUGGCCGCCCAGCACUCGCAGUGCUUCGCCGCCUGGUACGGACACUGCCCCGGCCUGAAGGUGAUCAGCCCCUGGAGCUCUGAGGACGCCAAGGGCCUCCUCAAAGCCGCCAUCAGAGACGACAACCCCGUUGUGUUUUUGGAGAAUGAGCUCAUGUAUGGGGUGGCCUUUGAGAUGUCUGAGGAAGCACAGUCCAAGGACUUCACCCUCCCCAUCGGAAAGGCCAAAAUCGAAAGGCAAGGGGGCCACGUCACGCUCGUGUCCCACUCCCGCCAUGUGAGUCUCUGCCUCGACGCCGCCACCGUGCUGGCCAAGGAGGGCAUUGAGUGUGAAGUGAUUAACCUGCGCACUAUCAGACCGCUGGAUGUGGAGACGGUGGAGGCCAGUGUGAUGAAGACCAGCCACUUGGUCACUGUGGAAGGGGGCUGGCCGCAGUUCGGAGUCGGGGCCGAAAUCUGUGCCGGAAUCAUGGAGGGUCCCGCUUUUAACUACCUGGACGCUCCGGCUGUGCGUGUGACCGGAGCGGACAUUCCCAUGCCGUAUGCCAAGAUCCUGGAAGACAACAGCAUUCCGCAGAUUAAGGACAUCAUUUUCACCGUGAAGAAGACUCUGAAUGUCUGACCCUGCUGCAGCGCUGCACCCUGGUGACCAAGAGGUCUCGAGCUUCAAAUAUAUCUUUUUCACAUGAAAACCGCUUCCUCUUGUUGUGAUUAGCAGACCUUCUGGUAAGUUUGGCCUAUCUCGUACAGAACUAUAUAUACUUCUACCUGUCCUACUUUGUUUACCAGAUUUAUCUUUUAGUGCACCAUAUGAACUCUACAUUGUAAUAGUUUUUGAUACAGCAGGAUAUGUUUACGUGUGGUUGCCAUGGAACAGGAGAUGAUCAUUUCAAUGUGCAGAACGCCUGGUGGAGAUACUGUCCUAGAGGCAAACUUGGAGGUUUCAGGGUCAAUAAGAGCUGGGAUGAACAGCAGCCACUAUAGAGCACAUUGCUUAAUUUAAUUAAAAUGGUUUUGUGGAUCCCUGCAUUACCUAGAGGAAAAUUUAGUUAAUCUAGUCAACCAUGUUUUUAAUGAGAACUGGUAAUCUCACUCUGGACCUCAGCAUUUCUUGUGUGGUUACCCACCUCUGACUACAUCACAGUGUGCUCACAUAUUGUCUUUGGAAAACAGGGUUUUGAGUAUAUACAGUAUAAUACGCAAUCAAUAUGUAACAGAAAUCAAUACAGUUGUUACAAAUAUAUAUAAAGUGUUUAAAAAAAGUAUAAUGUUUACCAUCUCUGUUGUGUAAUUUGUUGAGUUAAAUGGGAUCUCCUGAACAAUAUUUUUAAUAAACAGUUCUCCACGUUAAGAUAUGUUUGAAAAGAAUAUACAAAUACAUAAUGUAAAUGGAAUGGAAAAAACUGCAGGUUUCACUUAACCUUGCUGUAAAUGGAGAAAGUUGUUUCGUGUGUGUGUGUGUGUGUGUGUGUGUGUGUGUGUGUGUGUGUGUGUUUGUUUGUAUGUUAGCCUAUAUGUACACUUUUGAUGGCCAAACCUGACAAAAUAAUUCAAACAGAAUCAGAAUCACAUGCACAUCCAGUGUCCUGUAACCCAGAAAUGUUUUCACACAUUGUAAUGAUCUAUUUUAGCAAAUUAAUAAAGUCAUGUAAUCUUG